UUAUAAGUAAUUUUAACUCAAAUUGAUUUUAGUUAAUUUUUAAAGUUGGGUGAAUUUCUUACAUCCCAAUCGUUGUGUAAGUUUAUUAAAAUCAAUUCAAAACUCAAAGAACAGAAGAAACUAGCAACUUGUGAAGAAGAAAACGAGUUGGGGAGAAUGUCGUUUAGAGGGAAGAGAAAAGACGGGGAGGAUCACUCUUCUAACGCGAAUGAUGUCCACGCGCCUCCCAUGAAAACCUCCAAGUUUUCAGCCGCCGAUGACGAUUCUGAUGAUUCCAACGACAUCGUUGUCUGCGAGAUAUCGAGGAAUAGAAGAGUUUCAGUGAGGAACUGGAACGGAAAAAUUUGGGUUGAUAUUCGUGAAUUCUAUAUCAAGGAUGGAAAGCAAUUGCCUGGCAAAAAAGGUAUUUCCCUGAGUCUGGAUCAGUGGAAUACUCUACGAGAUCAUGCAGAUGAAAUUGAUAAGGCACUGGGCGAGAACUCUUAGGAAGUAGACAUGGUGUACCAUGUACUGAAGAUGACAUGAGUAUAAGGUGUCGGGCCAUCUCUUAUUUUUAUUGUUGGAGGCUGAGGUUUUGUUCUUAACCGAACCCCAUGUUGACUUGUUUUUGAAGUUUCUAAACUUAAAAGGUUCCAUCAGGCUUGUACCCCCUUUUGUG